AUGGCAAGUGCGUUGGCUGGUAGCCCCAUGAGUGUCGAGAUGUACCCUAACGCAUCUACGGGAGUCUACACGCAAGAUGGCAUGGGUACGAUACCACCUACCCCGGCACGGAUGUGCACCGUCUCGCACUGUCACCAGAUCCUGCCGGGUUUCUAUCGGUUCAAGAGGUGUGAACAGCACAGGUUGCAGAAUCGGUAUCAUAGCAAGCUGAAGAGGGUGAGGGAAAAGGUCGAUGGCGAUAAGCCGGAUGACAAGGAGGAGGGGGUGGAGAUUCCGCGGCAUAUGAUGGAGAAUGGAUUGGAGAUCAAGGGGGGAGAGGAGGGCGGGGAUGGAGAUGUGGGGGGCCAAGAGGGUUUCUUGGUUAUCAACCCUCUGGAAGGAUCUGGAAAGGCGGAGAAUAAGAAACGGAGCACACAUACGUGCGCGACGGAUGGCUGCAACAACUUCCUUUCGCCUGGGAUGCGCUGGCGGAUGUGUGAUGUGUGCAGGACGGCUGAGAGGUUGCGCAAGUGGCAUGCUAGGCAGGGGGCGCACAAGGGCUCUGCUGCGACUGGGAAAGGCUUGACAGGAGUCUACACUAGCUCGGCUGGUAGCGAAGUCCAGGGCGCGUCUGGUAUCGACAGCUCGACAGGAGUCUACAUUGGAGGCUACACUAACUCCGCUGGCAACGAAGGGCCGACCGGCAACAGACACGAGGACAUGUCCGGCAGCGGACAUACAUCGCUCGAACAACCACGGCAAUCAUCGCAGAUCAACCACGAGGAGGAUGAUGGUGAUGAUAACGUUGCAGAUGCCGGUGUUACUGCUCCUGCUGGCCCUGCUGCCGUUGUCGGGGCUAUUUCAUGGUCUACAUCUACUUCCAUGGGCACUACCACGGCCACCGGCACGACUGCUCCUGCCAGUUCUACAGCCAACUUGAUAAUGCUCGACGACCCCCUGGCGUUCCGCCCCUACAAGCCCAAGACGGCGACUUCCACGAUUGGAAAGAUCUCGGCUAAGACCCCGCAUCUUGGGAUAGAGGUGUUCACUGAUUUGUUGUUACCGCCUGGGACUCAGAAUGGAUCCACGUCUACGACGACGAAGACUCCACCUCAGGAAAGCGCUGUUCCCGCGCCAACUAUCCCGCAAUUUACGCCUUUUGUGCAUCAGCCGCCUCCGAAGCACGGGAAUGGGGAUCCGCAGGGGAGCAAUGGUGGAACCGAGCAGCUACAAUCACAACCCCCAGCGUCUCCGCCCCCAGUCGAGAUUCCACGCAAACGUGCUCGAACAAAAGCAAAGAAGGCACCACCCACCACUCCAGCAACUCCCGCGCACUUCCCAGCUACUUCUCCGUAUGGCUCAUAUCCCUACGGUCAGUACCCCUACCCCUAUCCCUACUACUUGCCGCCACCCUACGGGAUGCCUCCCUACGCCUAUCCACCCCCUCUUCCUACUGGAACUGGACAAGACGCAAACGCUGUUGCAUCAUCCUUGUCCACCUCUCCCCCUUAUCCUUACCCAUACCCAUACGCCCAACAACCCUAUGGGUAUCCGCCCCCUCAGCCUCCACCUUCAGGCUACCAACCUCCACCACCCCCGCCGUCCGGAUAUCAUCUUCCUCACCCGCCUUACUCGGGACAGACGUUUAUUUCGACGUCGUUUGGACCCAAUGGGCAGCAACAGACUUAUGUAAUGCCCGCAUAUGGUGUUCCCCAUCAUCAACAUCCGCCUCCACCAGCUCCUCCUCCUCCAACUUCUUCUGCUGCUGCUCCCCCACCUACGACGCCUACCGCGCCUCCGAAGCCGAGUGAGCCAUCAGUGCCCAAGGUCACCAAGUUUAGUUAUUACCAUUAUGGAGUGGGGCAAUCGGAUUCACCGACUACCGCGAACACGAGGAAGAGAAGAAAAGUGGAUCCGGCAUAUUUAGAGAGGGAGAGGCUAAAGUUGCAGGCGGAGAAAGCUGCUGCGGCACGCGAGCUGGGUUCGUAUUCGUUGGGAGCAGGCGGGACGACUCAGCCGCAGCAGUAUGCGAAUGGGACGCAGCUGUAUGGGGGCACGAAUGGCAUUGUGCCGAUUAUGGCGAAUGUUGCCCCGCUAACCGUUUCGGCUGGGCAAGGGAGUGGGACCUUUGAACAAGACCAGGAUGUUACCAGCCAGGGCGGGGACAGUGUUGGUCAGGGCAAGGAGAUCGCCAAUGCCAGUCCGGGAAGUGUGGAAGAGGACAGAGUCAAAUCGCAACCGCACCCUCAACGGCAAUGCGCAAACAAGUCGUGUCGUCGAUCUAUUCCCACGAACGCAACGCACACGUUGUGUGAAAAGUGCAAGUUGCGUUUCAAGAAACAUCAGGUGAAGACGAAGCAAAAGUUCAAAUUGGAGCCAAAGAAGCUGGUGUUGCCUCGACGGCGUGGUGAUGUGGGGAAUGAAGCAGGGUGA